AAUGGGUCCAAGUAUAGAUCCCUGAGGUAACCCACUGGUGACAAGUCCAAGCUUCGAAUAUAUUCCAUUAACUACAACCCUCUGUUGCCUGUCACUCAGCCACUGCCUUACCCAUUCAACAAUAUUGGAAUCCAAACGUAAAGAUUGCAGUUAUUGAUAAGGCUUCGAUGUGCAACAGUGUCAAAAGCCUUACUGAAAUCUAGGUAAGAAAUGUCUACUGCACCACCCUGAUCUAUAAUUUUAGUUACCCAAUCAAAAAAAUCAUCAAGAUUAGUUUGGCAUGAUCUCCCUGCAGUAAACCCAUGUUGUCUCUGAUCUUGAAAUCCAUGUGUUUUUAGAUGUUCAACAAUCCUAUCCUUUAACAUGGUUUCCAUCACUUUCCCCACUACUGAAGUAAGGCUUACUGGCCUAUAGUUGCCAGACUCCUUCCUAUUACCUUUCUUGUAAAUGGGCACAACAUUCGCUAACUUCCAAUCCUGUCACAAAGUGUUAGAUCUGUUUUGCCCACGUAUGAUAGACCACAUGGGCAUGUGAUCAUGUAAAUAACAUGAUCUGUAGUACAGGGGAAAUAAUGCUUAAUAAGGAUACGCUUGCCUGUUUGUGGAUGGGCAAAGGAUGUAUUAGAUAACAUAUGGCUACAUGUUACACAUCCUGUGCAUUUGAAGCAACCUUUUUUCUUUAUCAGCUUAGUUUUUGGUAACAAUGUACAGGAUCAUUACGAACUAGCAUAUCCCUCAGACUUCUAUUACAUUUGUAACUAAUAAUUGGAAAAAUUGGUGACAAAUGUUUGUCUGCUUUUAAUAUGUCCCAAUGUUUACAUAUUUUAUCCUUGAUUAAUGAUGUGUUUGUGUGAAAAGUGAGUGGGAGAAACAAAUGAUCUUCAUACGUAUCAAAAGUUUUCUCCAAAAUUUUCUGAAUCCGUUCCUUUGCCUUGAGUUCAGCUAAAGUUGGUGUUUGAGGUGAAUACCCUCUAUCUAAAAAUCUUUGGCGCAUCUGUUGUAACUGUAUGUCCAUUUUGGUGGGAUCAUUAUUGUACCGUAGUACUCAGAUAGAAUCGCUUCCCAUCUCUCAGUUUAUCAAGUGUUUUGGAUGAAAACUCGUGGCUAGGAGUAAUGUAUUGCGGUCCGUCUCCUUACGGUAGAGAGUAUAACCAGUGCCCUCCUCAGUUCUAAAUAAUGAUACAUCCAGAUAUUGUAUGGUGGUAGUAUCAAAUGUAAGAGUGAGUUUUAUACGUGUCUGUAAAUUAUUAUCAGUUACCAUGUCACAGAGCUCUUCUUUAGUAUCUUUCCAAAUUAACAGGAUAUCGUCCACAAAUCUGAAAUAUAUAAGAAUAUUUGUGCCAUAUAUUGGCAUAUGAAGGUGCCAUAGUCGCUCCCAUCGCCGUCCCAAAGGUUUGUACAUAAAAGGUAUGUUCAAGAUUUCGUUCGAACCAAGCCAUGAAUAUAUUGGCAUAUGCUUAAGUUCAUUGCUAUUGAUGUUAUACCCUCCCCAAUAAGAGGGGGAGAUCGGUCAAAAUUAUUACUCCAGAGGGAAACUUUUUGGAUUAAACAAUUGGAUACGUUAGAACCCAAGGGAUUGAAUGAAUGUCUCAUUUAAUUCAUUUUUGGAGAGACGUUAGUCUUUUUUUCAGUUUAGGUUUUUGAUUCCUUUUUCCCAGGUGUUGCGGCCUUAUAAUAUUUGGUUUAUGUAUUUUAUUUUAUUCAUUGGAAUUUUUUGUUUUUUAUUUUAUGAUUUCAGUGCUCUGAUAUACCUGGGUUCUGCCCACCCUCUACAUGAGAUAUAUUUAGAUAUAUGUUGGAUAUGUAUAUAUUAUUAACUUGGUUGCACAGUAUAUCCUCUCUCUAUUUUUUUAUUAUUGUAUUCACAUACACUGUUAUAUUUACUUACACUUUCUUCUUCUCACAUUAUAUUUCUGCCUAUAUUCAUAUAGGCUCUUAACCUCUUUUACUUUUACACCUUUUUCACGCCAGCACCUAGUUGAUUAGUAUUUUUACCGUAUUUGGGCUCUUGGUUACUGACAUCUCCAAUGAUGUGGUCCGGUCUUUAGUUGCUUGGUCCUCCGUUUGUUUUGUUUUUAUGUCAGCUGGGGUUUCCAUGGAUACGUUCCGUGUCUAUGGGGUCUAUGAUUACGUCUUUACGCACGCACUCAUACACGUCAUGACGCACGGAUACAGUGACGUCACUACGCAUGCGCACUACUGAGCAGAACUUGGUGAGCGCGGAGAUCACUCCACAGGUGGGGUAAGUUAGAUCUACUUUUAUUUCUGUAUAUAUUUGCACUAUUUGGAGGUUGUUACUAUCUUGAUAAAGACCCUAUUGGGUCGAAACGUUGAUGCUGUGAUUUAUUAACACCGGAUUAAAAACACUAUUUUGAAAAUCCAAUGGAGUGCUGCUGAUUGAUCUGAUAUAUUGACUGGCUUGGAAGCACCCGGGUAAUUUCAUAAUUUUUAUUUGAUUUAAAGGAAGAGUGCCAGAGUUUGUCCUUUUCCUUUUUUUUUAUAAAAAAAAAAAAAAAAAUAUAAAUAUAAAUAUAUAUAUAUAUAUAUAUAUAUAUAUAUAUAUAUAUAUAUAUAUAUAUAUAUAUAUAUAUAUAUAUAUAUAUAUACCGUGUAACAAAAACACCCCAGUUAACCUGUAUAAUGGCUGCUUUUAUAUAUAUAUAUAUAUAUAUAUAUAUAUAUAUGAACUCAGACUGUUGUUUUGCCUUCAGUAAUCGUUUUUAUAUAAAAAUUUCACUUUUUAGCUUGGAGAUAAUUGAGUAGAUACAUUUAAUUAACUCAAUUAUUUCCUAAGCAGAGGGGAGGAAUUUACUGUAACUGCUGCGUGUGCUCUAUUGUCAUCUUGUGUAUGAUUGGUUGCUGUAACUGUAUUGUCGGUGCCCCACAAGGUCCAGUGGGUGGUGUCUAACCUGUAAAAUCCUGCAUAAUAACCGCAAUAAACACUCAGUGGAGUCAUUUCUUCUUCACCCUUCAAAACCUAGCUCUGUCUCGUUAAUGAAAGGGAAUUUGCAGCUUAAUCACUAGCACUUUUCAGAGCUCUGCCUCUCUACUGCUCCAGGGAUCCAGCGGAUGGGACUUCACCUCUCCCCUACAGCCCAGCAUCUUACCCGGAGGAAGGACGUUGCCAACGGCAGAUACCCCUCACUACCCUGGGUAGCCGUUAAAAUAUAUAUAUAUAUAUAUUUUUUUUUUAAGGUCUGGCGCAAUCAACAUGAUAUUUCAUAGUCAUAUUUCUUGUCUUUCAUAAAAAUAUUGUCAGUUUUUCUAAGACAGAUAAUUUAUAGACACAUUUUCUUUAACUCCCACUACAUUUCCACCGACUGGUCAAACCAGGUAUCUACUACAGUUUCAAUAGCACAACCUUCUAGUAUAAGUGGUAGAGGCUUGGAGUGAUAUAAAAAUAGUAGUACAUACUUGGCACAACUUUCCAGUGGCAGAGGUAGGGGGAUAACAGUGAAAUUAUGUGCUGCAUGUGUUUAGAAUAUGUGAUUAGAAUGUAUGUGAUAUACACAGUAUCUAUAAUUUGUUCCUCUAGCAUAAAUGCAUAUACGUGAGGCUUUAUGGGCUAAAUCUAAUUUUGCAAAGCAAAUUAAAGUAAAAAAAAAAAAAGAGUAUACACAAUUCUGCUAGUAAAGGGGUUAAUGCACACAAAUACUUGAUUUCUUCACAAUCACCAUGACACCUGAUGGUCGUCUAUCUUAUAUAUUAUGCAAAUAUUGUCUAUUUUUCUAAGUAUAGCAAACAAUUUAUUGUGAUCAAUUUCCUUUAACACCAAGUAUCUUUCCUUCAGGUGUAUUUGUCUGGAGAGGUGACAAGAACAUAAAUACAUGAAGCAAAGCUAUGAAGAAAUAUUUUAAUAACAUAACCAAGGAGUCUAACUCUGAAAAAUCAAGCAUUUUCUCAGAUUCCUAUAUGUUCUCAAAGGAGAUCGUAAACAUAAAUUCCAAACCUUUCCCGUGUUCUAAAUGUGAAAAAUGUUUUGUCACCAAAGCGAAUCUGGUUCGUCAUCAGAGAACCCACACAGGAGAGAAACCGUUCUCAUGUUCUGAAUGUGGAAAAUGUUUUGGGCGACAUUCAACUCUUGUCAGUCAUCAGAGAACUCACACAGGAGAGAAACCGUUCUCAUGUUCUGAAUGUGGAAAAUGUUUUGGGCAACAUUCAAGUCUUGUCAGUCAUGAGAGAACUCACACUGGAGUGAAACCAUUCUCAUGUUCCUUAUGUGGAAAUUGUUUUGGGCAACAUUUAACACUUGUUAGACAUCAGAGGACUCACACGGGAGAGAAACCGUUCUCAUGUUCUGAAUGUGGAAAAUGUUUUGGGCAACAUUCAACUCUUGUCAUUCAUCAGAAUACACACACAGGAGAGAAACCAUUCUCAUGUUCUGAAUGUGGAAAAUGUUUUAUCACUAAAUCAAAACUUGUUAUUCAUCAGAGAACCCACACAGAAGAGAAACCGUUCUCAUGUUCUGAAUGUGGAAAAUGUUUUGUCACCAAAAUACAUCUUGUUCAUCAUCAGAGAACCCACACAGGAGAGAAACCGUUCUCAUGUUCUGAAUGUGGAAAAUGUUUUGUCACCAAAGCGCAUCUUGUUCGUCAUCAGAGAACCCACACAGGAGAGAAACUGUUCUCAUGUUCUGAAUGUGGAAAAUGUUUUGGGGAACAUUCAACUCUUGUCAUUCAUCAGAAUACACACACAGGAGAGAAACCGUUCUCAUGUUCUGAAUGUGGAAAAUGUUUUGGGCAACAUUCAACUCUUGUCAUUCAUCAGAAUACACACACAGGAGAGAAACCGUUCUCAUGUUCUGAAUGUGGAAAAUGUUUUGGGCAACAUUCAACUCUUGUCAUUCAUCAGAAUACACACACAGGAGAGAAACCGUUCUCAUGUUCUGAAUGUGGAAAAUGUUUUGUCACCAAAACGCAUCAUCAGAGAACUCACAAAGGAGAGAAACCGUUCAAAUGCUCUGAAUGUGAAAAAUGUUUUAUCACUAAUGCAGAGCUUGUCCGUCAUCAGAGAACUCACACAGGAGAGAAACCGUUCUCAUGUUCUGAAUGUGAAAAAUGUUUUAUCACUAAUGCAGAGCUUGUCCGUCAUCAGAGAACUCACACAGGAGAGAAACC